CAAAUGAUUUUUUUUUUUUUUAACGUUUUUCUUGUGUACUUCAGUAUAUUUAUUUAUUUUUGUUUGCGUGAGUACUUGAGUGAAUUGUUUCGUGGAUACACGAGCGCACGGGCGCGCCCCUGUCAGGCCGCGGCGGCGCGCUUUCUUAUGCAAAUGCAGGUGUGACAUCAGCAGCCACAUGAAAAGUGGGCCGGGGGUACUUGAGCGCCCACUCUGCCUUCUCUGACUCUCUCGUGCACACACGCGCUCAGCGCUCUGCAAAACACACCAUGCGUACCUGUCCGGAGUUAUUCUUACUUCCCAUCUUGGAUUUUUCGGACGCAUCUGGCUGAAAAAAAAAGAAUAAAAAAAAAAAAAAAGAGACACCGACGCUCCCGAGGAUACUCAAACCUGCUGGCUUUGAAUUUCUUUAUUGUUUGAUUGAACGUGGAAAGCUGAUCGCAAAAAGGGGUUUACUACAACAAAGCCUUUGCCAUGACGGUGGACCUGUGAGGUCAAGAAGCUCCCAAGCAAACCUUUGAACUUUUGUGCUCGGUGAACCGCAAUCAUUGUCCAACCAUGAGGAGGUGCUCUCACGUUCUGCCUCUCGCUGUGCUCGCUGCUCUGCUGCUGUCUCAGGUCUGCUCUGGCAUCAAAUGGCUAGCAAUAUCACAUACACCCAAGACCUUACACAUCAACCAGACCCAACACUGUAAGCUGUUGCCCGGCCUGGUGUCCUCCCAAGCGCAGCUGUGCCGCAGCAACAUGGAACUCAUGCAAACCAUCAUCCAAGCAGCCCGCGAAGUCAAGAAAACUUGUCAAAAGACCUUUGCUGACAUGCGCUGGAACUGCUCCUCCAUAGAGCGUCCCAGCGAUUCCUCCAAGUAUCGUCCAGACCUUGACCGAGGAACAAGGGAGUCUGCAUUUGUCUAUGCCCUUUCCGCUGCCACCAUUAGCCACACCAUCGCAAGGGCGUGCACCUCUGGAGAUCUGCGCCUGUGCUCAUGCGGUCCGAUUCCAGCUGAGAUCCCAGAGCCCGGCUAUCGCUGGGGGGGCUGCGCUGACAACCUCCAUUACGGGUUGGUUAUGGGUUCCAAAUUUGCCGAUGCUCCCAUGAAGAUGAAACGUGCAGGGUCCCAUGCCAACAAACUAAUGCACCUACACAACAGUGAAGUUGGCAGACAGGCAUUGAGGGAGGCGGUGGUAAUGAAGUGUAAGUGUCAUGGCGUAUCCGGCUCGUGCUCCAUAAGGACUUGCUGGAGAGGCCUUCAGGACCUGAGAGAGAUCGCCAUGGACCUGAAGACGAAGUACUUGUCGGCUACCAAGGUGGUUCACAGACCCAUGGGGACACGCAAGCAACUGGUGCCCAAAGACAUUGACAUCCGGCCUGUGAGGGAGAAUGAGCUGGUCUACCUGCAGAGUUCCCCAGACUUCUGCACCAAGAAUGACAAACUGGGUUCAGUCGGCACACAGGACAGGCAGUGUAACAAAACUUCAGCUGGCAGUGACAGCUGUGACUUGAUGUGCUGCGGCCGUGGCUACAACCCGUACACGGAGAAGCUCGCGGAACGCUGCCAUUGCAAGUACCACUGGUGCUGCUACGUAACCUGCAAGAAGUGCGAGCGGAUUGUGGAGCGAUACGUCUGCAAAUGAGUCCGUCGCCUGUACCGAGCCGCAGAUGAACCGAAGCGCUACAAUACCCAGAAGGCAAACCUUUGUCUUCAACUUUAGCAUGUGUAUUUCACCAUGACGUGGUCUAUUCUUGUGUCAUUAUUACUUUAGUAAAGAUUUUCCAAACUGCCAGUUGGGUUUCUACUGGACAUGGAAAGUGACGACAGCCGUCCUCCUGGGUAGUUUCCUUUUCCUGUUAAUGACCAUGAAUUCUCCCAGCAUGGAUAAGGAAGGUCUAUUUUAUUAUUGCGCUAAUAAAAAGUAAUAACAUUGGAUCUUAAAGCUGGAGGAGAAGGGUGAUGUCGUAUCUCCCCCUAGACAGAAAUCUGUGGACUUGUGGGACUUUUUUUUUUUUUUUUUUUUUUUUUUUUUUUUUUUAGGUACAGUUGAUACUUUUUUCCUUCUGCAUCAAUGGACACGAGAGGAAAAGCAAAUAAAGGGAACGUAGAGUACUUUUUCAAACACAAGACUAUUUUGGACUUUGGACCCGCACAUUUGUCAUGUGUGUAUCUUCAACAUGACCUUUUUCAUUGUGGACUGAAAGAAAGGGAAAAAGUACUUGCAGAUUAAUCAUCCUUUACAUCUUGACAUGCAGUGACUUCAAAAUAUAUUCUAUUAUCAAGAGCAUUAUGAACUCAUGGAUUUUCUAAACCACUUAUGUGUGGAUGUACAUACUCUUAUUUUGUAUACUGAAAUAAAGAUAAAUAUUUAUAAAAUUAUGAAAUGAUUUUCAUCAUGAUCUUUAUAUUGAUAUUUUAUGAUUUUGUCCUUCUUAAGAGCAGUUUGCACUUAGUGGCAUAUACAUUGAACAUUUCAGGGUAAGCAGGAGGACAAAUUGACCAAAGUCGGAUUUUCAACAGAGAUUCACUAAAAGGUGUGUUGUGAUCCUGUUGGUUUAUAUUAUUUUAUAGUCCUGUGUAACCCUUCAUAUUUGAAUCAUGGAUAAUUAUCGUAGUAGUUACGGCAAUUGAAUAUGUUGAAUAUCUGGUGUUGAAGCUAACAAAACUGUGGACCGGCAAACAUGGGAAGAAUAAAAUGCAGCUUCCGGUCUCGCUUGAGAGAAAUG